ACAAGACCCUGGACCACGCUUGCGAUAUCUGUCGUCUCGUGGGUGAUUUAUGUCAACUGCAUGUCCUGGACGCUUUUGUUUCCAACCUGAGAUAUCCAGACAUCCACCUCCAUUUUCUCGAAACCGCAGGAGAUACGACACACAGACACCACGCAUCCGCAAACAUGUCGCAUACCCACUCUCACGACGGCGUUGGUGGCCACUCUCACGAUAACUUCAAUGCAGCCGAGCACGGCCAUUCGCACGAGAUUCUCGAUGGGCCGGGCAGCUAUCUCAGCCGCGAGAUGCCCAUUGUUGAAGGGCGAACGUGGGGUGAGCGGGCAUUCACAAUUGGCAUCGGAGGACCUGUCGGCUCCGGCAAGACGGCGCUGAUGCUGCAGCUGUGCCUUGCCCUGCGGGAGAAGUACUCGAUCGCGGCCGUCACCAACGACAUCUUUACGCGCGAGGACGCCGAGUUCCUGACGCGCAACAAGGCCCUGCCCGCGCCGCGCAUCCGGGCCAUCGAGACGGGCGGCUGCCCGCACGCCGCCGUCCGCGAGGACAUCUCGGCCAACCUCGCCGCCCUCGAGGACCUGCACGCCGAGUUCGACACGGACCUGCUCGUCAUCGAGUCCGGCGGCGACAACCUCGCGGCCAACUACUCGCGCGAGCUGGCCGACUUCAUCAUCUACGUCAUCGACGUCAGCGGCGGCGACAAGAUCCCCCGCAAGGGAGGGCCCGGCAUCACCCAGAGCGACCUGCUCAUCGUCAACAAGACGGACCUGGCCGAGGCGGUCGGCGCGGAUCUCGGCGUCAUGGAGAGGGAUGCCAGGAAGAUGCGCGAGGGCGGCCCCACGGUGUUCGCCCAGGUCAAGAAGGGUGUCGGUGUUGAUCACAUUGUCAACCUAAUCAUUAGCGCGUGGAAGGCCUGCGGUGCCGAGGAGGAGAGGAAGACCAAGGGCGGGCCACGGCCAACUGCUGGCUUGGAGACUCUUGCGUAGCUUGAGCCACGAGUUGCAGAGAUAAAACGAAAAUCGCGUAUUGAGGAUCAAUCGAUUUCCAUGUACGAGAUUGAAAUAUGGAAUCAUGAAAAAGUCAAUGGAGAGAAGGAUCUCGCGCAGUUUCGUGAAGAACACCCUUAAG